AACAUCACUCACCAACAUAUAUAACUUCGCUUUCACUUUCAAAUUCAAAUUCAGAUUCAGAUUCCAGAUCCCAGUUAAGUUUAGUUUUCAAAUUUAAUGGAGAUGAACAAUUAUUAUGAUCAGUUUGUAGAUGGGUCUAGUUCGAUGGAGGGUGGAGAGUCGUCGGAAGAAGUGAUGCUGGCAUCUAGUCAUCCAAAGAAACGUGCCGGAAGGAAGAAGUUUCAGGAGACGAGGCAUCCGGUGUACCGGGGAGUGAGACAGAGGAGCUCCGGGAAGUGGGUUUGUGAGGUGAGAGAGCCGUAUAAGCAGUCGAGGAUAUGGCUGGGGACGUUUCCCACGGCGGAGAUGGCAGCCAGAGCUCAUGACGUGGCGGCGUUGGCUUUGAGAGGGAAGUCCGCGUGUUUGAACUUUGCAGACUCUUCAUGGAGGCUUCCGACUCCGGCGUCAAUGGAUCCGAACGACAUUCGGAAGGCGGCAGUGCAGGGGGCAGAGGAGUUCCGGCCAGUUGAUGAGGAAAGUACUAGGGUGGUGUAUAUGGACGAAGAGGAGGAGUUUGGGAUGCCGGGAUUACUGGUGAAUAUGGCGGAGGGAUUAAUGUUGCCACCGCCACCACCACCACUACCAUACGGUGGUGGAGAAGAAGCAGAGUAUGGUGGUGAGAUGUCGUUGUGGAGCUUCUGAACAUCAUCUAUGGUUGUAUAAAAUUGGUUAUAGGAUAUUAGAGGAAACGCCAUUUCCCACAUAUACAUAAAUUCCCACAACAAUGAAUCAAGUGGUUUUUUUUGUCUUCUUUAAGGUUUCUACAUAAAAACGUGGCUAGCAGUUUUUUCCU